AUGCUUCAAACGUUGCUUCGGCUCCUGCACCUGGUGCAGCUCAUUGUCGCCUAUAAUCUCGUUAUAGAUACCCAGACAAAAGGUAUCACUUCCUAUAUCCGGAACCUUCGCAAUGAUUAUGAAGACCAAUUGGAAAAACAAUCAAUACCAACGAUUUCAAAGAAGCGAUGCCUGGGAAUCAUGGAAUUGGCAGAUAUCAAAUUGGCAAAUGUUGGAGUCGAGUCGACACUGACUGUCGUCGUAGGUGGUGACUAUUACCUCAGGAUAGAACAUCUUCACGCUCAUCUUCAAGGUAUCUACCAGCACAAUUUGUUAUUCAUUUAUAAUACGGGUGGUUUUCAAUUUGCCAUCCGAGAUCUGAACGCCUCACUUGGUCCUCUCGUUCCGGUCAAUAUCGGAGGGAUACCGUAUAUCAACCAAGACAUUUCCUGCAGAAUUUGGCACAUUGAAGAAAAUAUGGAGUUGACUGGUGGUAUUCUACGAUGGUUGGCAAGGAAACGUCUGACAGACAUAAUGAAAGAAGAUCUGGAAAGUAUUCUUUGCGACAGUCUUGUUGAAGUGUUGGACACGAAAAUACGCAAAACUUUAGCAGGACUAAACCUCGUCAUGCCGAUCAAUGGAGCCAUCUUCAUGAGCUAUCUAUUGGUUGGACAACCACUUCUACUACCUUACGGUGCUGUCAGGACAUAUCAUCAAGGAAUUACAUCCACAAACCACCAUGGAGCCAAAUUUGUUCCGUUUCAAAUCGGAUCUAACCAUCAUGUUAUCUACCAUAUCCAUGAGUCGUUACUAUCGGAAACUGUACAGUCAGUAUGCAAUCGGGGAUACAUGGAUGGAAACAUCACAGUCAACCACGAGAGGGUGCACGUGGCCUGUCAAACAGCGGAAAUGUCGGUGAAAAAUAUGGAAGCUUCAAAUACUGCAAAUAUCAUGCUGAACAUAUUAUUGACUUUCCAAAACGGGAUCGAAAGAAUGCUUUCGAAAAACUACACCGUCUCCAUCCUUCACAGCAGUAAUCUAGCAGUUCUAUUUCGACUCAAAUCCGAAAUUGUGAAAAUCAACGAGCAUUCGUAUGAAUACGAUGAUCAGAUCUUUACGAUCAUGUCCGAAGUGUUGCGGGCACACGUUCGCUUGCCGUUGCCUGUACCGGCUGGAGCACAGAUCGAUCGGCCCAUGAUCAAACUACUACCGGAUCGAAUAAUAUUCGCCACCGAUUUCGUUUUCAAAGGAGGAUGA